CUUAUUCGAUCCUUACAGUUCAGUUACAUUGUUAUGUGUUCCUUUUCGCGAUAGGUUUGACUGCUCCGCUUUUACAUAUCACUUCUAAAAUUACUAACACGAAUUUGAUCCGAUUUUAUUUCUAAUUAAAUUAUUUUGAUUACUUCGCUUUUCAGAAAUUACUGUCAGAAUUAUUUUUUGAAUUUGAAAAUAAUAGGGAAAUAUUUCCACAGCUGAAAGGCAUGGAGAAGGAGAAAUCGAAUGGUGUCGAAUCGGCAACCGACGUCGAGUUCAAACCGACAUCGAUGAAUGGGAAACACGGAGCAGUGAACGGGAAGAUCAAUGCGGACCUCAAUGGAUCGGUGGUCGAAUCCAAAAAGAAUAACAACUGGAAAGACGAUGGUGAUGACGGAAAAACUGAGGAGAAAGAAGAGGAGAAACCCAAAGUUGCUCUGACGAGACUGUUUCGCUACGCGACAUCGCUGGACGGGUUCCUCAUGCUGAUCGGUUCGCUGGCCGCCAUCGUGCACGGCUGCGCCUGGCCCGUGCUUAACAUCGUCUUCGGCGAGCUCAUCGACAGCUUCACCGAUUUUGCCAAAAACGACACCAACGCAACGACGUCGCCGACAGCGUCAUCGAACCCCACUCAGGACUUCGAUGACCAGAUGCAGUUGUAUGCCGUGAUCUUCUCUCUCAUAGGGGUAGCGACCGUAUGCUUUGCUUAUCUACAGAAUUCUUUGUGGACACUGGCCUGUGAGCGUCAGAUUUACAAGAUUCGAAAAGCGUUUUUUGACGCCAUUCUGUAUCAGGAGAUAGCUUGGUUUGACGUACAUAAAAGUGGAGAACUCACCUCAAGAUUGGCCGAUGAUAUGGAGCGAGUGAAAGAGGGACUAGGAGACAAAAUCUCAAUCAGUUUGCAGUAUGUCGCGAUGUUUUUCGCAGGUUUUGCCAUCGCGUUCUUCAAGAGCUGGGAGUUAACCCUCGUACUCCUCUCCAUGACACCCCUCAUAGCCAUCGCUGGGGGCUUCAUGACAUACGUACUGACAUCAUUCUCGAAGAAGGAGCAAGAGUCAUACGCCGGGGCGGGAAGCGUCGCCGAAGAGGUUCUCUCCUGCAUCAGGACUGUCGUAGCAUUCGGAGGAGAACAGAAGGAGGUUGCCAGGUACGAGAAAGAGCUUCAUACAGCCCGUGAUCUGGGGGUGAAGAAAGGAGUGACAACUGGGGUAGGAAUGGGUGUCACCAUGCUCAUCCUCUACGGUUCCUACGGCUUAGCAUUCUGGUAA